AUGGUCGUGCAAAGUGAUCACGCGCGAAUGGUGGACGAUUUUUUAACGAGACUCACUCGAUUACAUUUGUCUUUGCAGCACUAUAAGGAGGCAGCAGAAACUAUUGGUACUGCUAUGGAUAAUUAUAUGGCUUUAAAGGUGAUCGAGUUUAAGCAUUCGCUAUGUUUAAAAGGAAUACGAUCAAUUAGAAACAUUUAUGAAAAGACACUUAUUGGAACUUAUCCGGAAGUUGGACAAGUACGUCAAUUGGGGUUAUGUGCGGUGUUAGUGCAGUUGGCACGUCGAGAUUCUGUUGCGGCUACACAGUUCUUUCAUAAAGCAACCAGUUAA